AUGACAGGGAAAUGGUACACGAUGAUUUAUGAUCCCAGAAUUGAACAGGACCAUUGUAUUACAACACAAUUUAAAUUACUCGACCAAAGCCCUAAUUUUGCAUCAUUUUCAACAAUAAGACAUUCAAUCCGCGCAAGUGAUGGGUCAAUAAGAAUAUCGCAUGGAAUUGGCCGAAAAUAUGGUCCAGACCCUUUCUCUAUGUUAAUCACAAUGGGACAAGCAAAUGAACCAUGCCCAUGUUUGUUUUUAAAAGUGACAGGCAUAAAGCUAAUUAAUUUUUAA